AUGAUGGUGUCUUCGGUUGAGCUUGGUCGACGCAGUAGCUCCAGCCGGAGACGCACUCAGAGUCAACCGGAACAACCGGGGCAGCAACAACAACAGCAACAACAGCAACAUCAACAACAGAGCCCAUUGUCCAAAAAGAAACAACAGCAGCAGCAACAGCAGCAACAGCAGAUUCAAAAGGUCGAUGAGGAGGAUGAGGAGAUUGAUAUCAUCAACGACAGUGACAAUGAUGAGCACGAGCGCCUAAAGAUGACCAGCGCAACAAGUGGCAUCAUUGGCUCACCUCCCAAAAAGUCAUUAUCAGCCCGCAGGAGCAGUUCCGCGCGAGCUCGUGCCGUCUCACUCAAGACCACAGCGGCGGCGGCAGCAGCAUCAUCAAGUAGUCACACUACCGAUGACAUGGAUCUUGCCGACGAUGAUGAUCGAGACGAUCAGAUUGUGACUCAGGCUCCAAUCACUAUCAAGAGUAGCAGCUCCAAUGGAAACAGCGAUAAGAUGACAGAGUUGGACGAGGGCGACCAACAAGUCAAUAGCAGUGGCAUCAUUGGUAAUGGCAAGAAUAAGAAGGGCAAGUCGUCAUCAGACUCACCUUCAAAGAAGAAGAAGCAGCAACAGAGCAUGGUGGACACUCAAUCAAGUGGCGCGACACAAAGCCACGACCAUGAACUUGGAAACAUGCUAAAGAUUGGUGGACCAUCACUCACUGGCAGUGGACUGAUCAAGAUCAACAGCAUACUCACAAAGUCAUUGCAUGAACACAUGAUGUCCGAUUGCAACACGAAUGGUGGUGGCAGUGGCGGUAUCCUGCUGGGCAGGCCAGCAAUGGCAUUUCAUCACAUGGACAUUGCCUCUGGCGACUCAGACUCACAGACCUCCUCCGACGAGAUGAUCAUCAUGCCACAUUCGUCUUCUUCAUCGUCGUCAUCGGCUCACAAGCGCCGACACAGACACGCAGAUGGCAAUGGCGGCGACAUCAAUAUCACAGAUGACGACAGCAGUGGCGACAGCAGUGAUGAGCUGGGGACUGCCGUGGCGGCCACAAGCACCACCACUACCACAGCCAUGUCCGACGACGAUGUCGAUGAACUGUCUGACGACUUUUACAAGAUCAAGCAGCAGCCACAACAACAGCAGGACGCGAACAACAAUAAGCCUCGAAGCGGCCACAACAAGACCGUCCCAAAGAGUCGCUCGCGAAGCAAGAAGAGGGACGAUGAGGAGCGCCGCAAGGCCCGCAACAGGAAGCUGCAGAGGCGCCAGCUGAUACAGCAACAGCAGGUCAUGCAGCUGCAGCAGAUGCAGCAGCACCACUUGGACACCAACAGACACUCGAACUUUGUACACAUCAUCAACGACCACCCCGACAACCACCCCUUCCUCGAGCCCUAUUCUGUUGCGCCCAAGCUGCAGCCGCAGCCAUCGGCCAGCAUGGCUCAGUUAGAUCACGUGGUGUCGCUGUCAUUCAUGGCGCCCUUCUCGCCCAUGUCCUUCCCCGUGCCAUUGGCAUCGCCAAUAUCGCCGGGCGUGAUGGACCUGUCGCCGCUGUCACCAUUGUGUCCGCUCUCGCCUCUCUCGCCGCUAUCGCCAAUCAUGUCGCCCGUAUCGCCCUCACUGGCCAACAAUCACAUCAAGUCAGAGGAGAAUGGCGGGAACACGCGCACCGAGCGACAUGUCAAUAGCAUAUUCAACAGUAUGCUGAUCAAGAAGGAGACACACUCACAUGGCAUGACAUCAGCGCCGCGCAGUUUGUCCAUUGGCCCAGACAACCCUUCGAUCGCCAUGCACUCAAUCAUCUCUGCGGCCACAAGCAAAGUGGCAGUAACAGGCGGCGAUCACAAAGGCAAUCAUCCAGAUGGACAGAGCACGAUCACAUCGGCACCCAGAUCGCUGGAGUUGCCCAUGUCCAUCCCGCUGCCGUACAACUCGCUACAGGGCGCAGCACAACAGACAUUAAUGAUGAACACGGUCGCAGCCAACACCAAUGCCAAGCGAUCCAAGCGAUUCACGAUGGACCCACAUGUACACAAGCACUUCCAAGCCACGAUAUGGUACGACGAGGAGAAGCUAUUCUUCCGCGAGUUGUUCUGUGCGUAUGGUCGCGAGUGGUACAUCAUCUCCACAUUGAUGUGUGGCACCAAGUCGCCAACCCAGAUAAAGAACUUCUACUACGACGUGCGACUCACACUCUUGGCUCCACUGUUUGGUCUUGGUCAAGAUGAGACACGCUCACGCAUCACGCUGCCCAAUCAAACAAUCAUCCAACAAGCGCCUGGCGACGAGAUGUCCAUGAGACUGUCCUCAUCCUCUUCCAGCGUCUCCCCAAACAAGCGUCUGGCCAUGUCCGAUGACGACCUCCGUCUUCGCAAGAAGCCCAAGUCUACAUCAUCCAAACGAUCAUUCAGAUUCAACAGGAUAACGACGGCACUGACAAAGCAGCCAAAGAACUCGAUGAAGGCUAGCAAGAAGUUGCAGUUUGAGAACAGUAUGUCUAGUGUCAAGUACCCAGUGGCAUCGGCUUUGUUCUUCUUCUAUCAGCAUUCGGAACACUUUACGCCAGGCAAAUGGUUUGAGGUGCGUGUGCUAGAGACUGGCGACUCAUCCACACCAAAGCCAUCGUCCAACAACAUGCUACCCGUCGAGAUCAAGCUGGACAACAAUGGUGGCACCAAGUACAAGGUGGUCAUGUUCAACAUGAACAAAACUAAAGGCUUCUGGGUCAAUGAGGAGGACCUGCGAACAGAGAUGGACAUUGGCCAAGAGGUUUGGGAGUUCACUGCCGACCCCGCUCAGGCUGACGAUGACGCUCAACAAGCCCAGACUCAGACUCAAUCAUCACAGACGACUCAGCAGCAACAGCAGCAACAACAUCAUCAUCAACACAAUCAUCAUCAUCACCUGCAGACGGGCUCGGCACAACAGCCAGUCAUUCAGGUGCAGUCGAUGAUGUCACCAUCGACGCACAACCCUGUGGAGAUACUGGUCGAUUCAGUCCUGCCAUCGACCGACGUGAUCAAGCUACAGCAGUGGCUCGAGGCCAAGAUCGACGCGAUGACGCCCAACCCCAACACCAAGUUCCCAACGGUGGUUGACCCAUCGGCUUGCCAUGACUUGCUGCUCUUCUCGACAGACUUCCUCAACAAUGGCUCGCUGUCGAUCGUGGCCAAGCAGAAGAGUUUCUUCGAGACAAUGACCUCAGUGUUUGAGGAGAAGGACUUCAUUGCCAUCAACUUCACGUCGAUCUUUGGCAGCUGUCAGUACAUUCCCGACAUCAACAAUCGUGUCUACAUCGAGCAGCUCUUUGACAAUGUGUUGCGCUCAUCCGAUCUCUCCAUUGGCUCCAUCAUCUCCAAGCACAAUCCCGCCUUGGCAAGGUCUGAACAUUCGUUACUCAAGUUGGAGUCAGUGUCCAAUGCAGCGGCGGCAGCGGCGUCAAUGACAUUGUCAUCAUCGUCACAAUCUACACCAACUGCAUCACCUAGCCCAAUGGCGGCACAGUCACCUCUUGCAACUCCCCCUCAUACACCUUUAUCAUCUUGCACACAAAUCACGCCACAACAAAGACAGCUGCAGAUCGCACCAACCACGACAUCAUCCUCCACCACACCAGUUCAAGCGACAAGAGUUGUGCAGCAACAACAGCCUGCUGCACCACCUCAAACCAAACCAAUGGCCAAGCAUCCCCCAAUGACAACUGCCUCAAAGCCAGCGCCAGCCCAGCCUAGCUCAAAGCCAGCUCCAUCACAGACGCCAACAACAACAACCACUACCACACAGACAUCAUCCAAGCCUGCUGCCACAACAUCAUCAUCAUCGGUAGCGGCCACAGCAUCAACAGCGGCAACAGCCUCUGUACAACUUGCGCCAAAGGUGUCGCCGUCGUCGACGAUAGCACCACCAUUGACGCCAACAGUAUCAACCACCCCUAAGCCAUUAGCGCCCCACGCCACUGUCGCCAAGAAGCUUGCACCCAUGGCUCCUACGUCCACUGCAUCAUACAAGCCAGCUACUGGUGGCGCACCCGCUGCACCCAACGCAGCCAACUCCAAGCCUCCACCACCCGGCGCACCCAUGACCAAACCAGCGUCCACCAACACAACCAACCCUCCACCAAAGACAUCCUCCACGCCUCAGUUCAUCAUCAACGCCGCAGGUCAGAAGAUAUACACAUGUGCAUGUUGCAUUUCAAAGAAUCCACCUCUUUCAACACGCUCGCAGGUGGUCGCCUCCAAGCCCGCUGCCCCAGCCCAUGCCUCAGCAUCCAAAUUGGCUGCUACACCAGGAGGACCACCAGUCACAGCGUCCAAGCCACCAGCUCCAGUUGUUCCAACCAAUGGUCCAACAACUUCAAGCACACAGCAGCCUAUCAAGCCUGGACCUGUUGUUGCCUCAAAGCCACCUGCCGUGCCAGCCAAGGCAAGUGUGCCAUUGACCAACACAUCUAAUGCGCCAUCAACAACAAGCACUUCCACGUCUACAACCUCAACAACUACCACCACUUCAACAUCAACAACUUCCACAUCACCUGUUUCCAAAUCCUUACCUCCAUCCACAGUGGCCAAACCAUCACCUUCGCCAUCACCAUCACCAUCACAAUCACAAACAUCAAACAUUUCACCAGCGAUUAAUUCAGCUAUUUCACAACCAUCACCCUCACUAUCACAAUCACAGCCGGUAACACCAACAUCAACACCAACACCAACGACAUCAUCACAUCACCAUCACCAUUCAACCUCGUAUUCAACUUCGAACACGCCAGUGUCCACAUCCAGCUUCAAUCUACUUUUCAAUCCAGACAAAAGUAGCAUUCCUUACAAACUAUUCAUUGGCAAGAGAGAACUCCUGCUCGAGUGUCGACGUCUAUUGCGUCUACAGUGCUCCCGCAUCAGUGACCUGAACAAGCAUAACAUUGAGAGUGGCAGAGAAACAACGGACGUCAUUCACAAGAUGAACGACCUGAUCAAAGAGCUCUCAACGUAUAAGUUCCUCUUGCUAGAGAUAGCUUCAGAUAGGUAUUCGGCCUACAAACUGUCAAUGGGUAUCAGCUACUGA